GGCAUAGACUCAAACUGCUUGUUUUGGACACGCUGGCUUCUUCUUUUCCUUGUGGACAUUAUGGCCAAUAACACAACGAGUUUAGGGAGCCCAUGGCCAGAAAACUUUUGGGAGGACCUAAUCAUGUCCUUCACUGUAUCCGUGGCGAUUGGGCUCGCCAUCGGAGGAUUUCUCUGGGCGCUUUUCGUGUUCCUGUCUCGCAGAAAAAGAGCCAGCGCACCCAUCUCACAGUGGAGUCCCACCAGGCGACCCAGGUCUUCCUACAACCACGGCCUCAACAGAACUGGAUUCUACCGCCACAGUGGCUGUGAGCGCCGGAGCAACCUCAGCCUGGCCAGUCUCACCUUCCAGAGGCAAGCAUCUCUGGAGCUGGCCAACUCCUUCCCCAGGAAAUCAAGCUUCAGGGCUUCAACUUUCCAUCCCUUCCUGCAAUGCCCACCGCUUCCGGUGGAAACCGAGAGUCAGCUGAUGACCCUGCCUGCCUCCACCACCCCAGCUGCCAUCAGCACCCUGCACAGUCCCAGCAGGCCAGACUUCCGCUGGUCCAGCAACAGCCUGCGGAUGGGCCUCUCCACACCGCCCCCGCCCGCCUAUGAGUCUAUCAUCAAGGCAUUUCCCGAUUCCUGAGUCUGGACUUUAGUUGUUUUUAAUUCUUUUUUUUUUUUUAAUUUUGUCUCUUUCAGAAAGGAAACGAUAUAUAGGGUAAACAGAAUUUUGAGGUCAUGGCACUAAUGACUGAUUUUCUAAGUCAAGUAGGUUCGGGAAAGCUGAACAUUACCCUGUAAGGCAAAGUUUUUUUUAAACACAGUUUUCUCACUGAUGUCCCAUUAAAGUAAUUUUUUCUCAAAAACUUCUAUAUUUAUGUAUUUUGAAUGGAGUGUGAGGCAUUGAAUUAAAGAUACCGAUUAAAGAUUCUAACAUACAAAUCAUACGUAUUUGUAUGUUUUUGGUUAAAAAGACUUUAGAUGUUUGUUGUUUUGGGUUGCGGCCCCCCUUCGCUUUCCUAUGUGACUGCUGACAGACAAAAGUCACUAAAUUAAGGAACUCUAAUGUUACUCUCUGGGUGGUGAGUGAGUCAGUAGCAUCCUACGAAUCUUAGAGAUCUUGGAGCUCUCAUGAUGUGUGUACAAAAUCCUGUGACUCUGCUCAGUUACAGAUGAGAAUCCAGCAAAAGAGCUAAGCCCCACUGGUGUCGUAAGAUGGCUCAGUUUUGACAUUUCACUGCUUUUUUCCCAAGUAAGACUCAUUUUGUAGUUCCUAGUACAAUUACCCACAUCAUUGAAGUAAAACCCCUGGACUUAAUAACAUGAGGAUUUAACAUGGCCAAAACAUGUUAAGUUAUUACCAAAGCAAGGAAGUUUGGUGUGGGAAGUCCAGCCUGUGGGUUAUGACCCCUUUGGGGGCCAAAUGGCCCUUUUACAGUUAAUGUCUAAGACCACCCAAAACCACAGAUAUUUACACUAUUAUUCACAACAGUAGCAAAAUUGCAGUUAUGAAGUAGCAACAAAAAUAAUUUUAUGGUUGGGGGUCACCACAGCAUGAGGAACUAACUGUAUUAAAGGGUCACCAUGUUGUUAGGAGAGUUGAGGACCAUUGCUCUAAGGGGGAACUUCCCUCUCAACUCUGUGGUCAAAUAAAGAUUGUUCACAAAUAAAGUCCACAGUGGAAACAUGCUGCCUCUCUGAAAAGCAGUUCCUCCCGGUCAUCUCAGCCCCCAGGUACCAUACCCCCGGUGAUGCUCUGUGAAUUGGGUCUCCACCUCCACUAAAGUCUUUAUAAGGUGACUAGUUCUGGCCAAAUGGUCAUUGCAUCAGAUGAUCACCCAAGGACGCCAUAUCAAGAGGUAGAGGCUUCUUUAAUGUGGGCACCAGAGACUUUCAUUUGUCCUUUUGCACCGAAGAUAGGAAUUCACUGGGGGGUUAUUCAGAAUCUGAUACACCAAAUAUUUAGCUUGUGUUGUUGUUUAUUCUUCUGUAGAUUUGGUUUUGGGUUGAUACCCACUGGUCCCAGCUAGUGGUGUCUGAUCAUACCUCAAGAAUAUAACUAUUUGCAUAAAAGAUACCCUAAAGAAUAUCUUUAUGAGUUUCAUAUCAUUGGGACUAUGCUUUGUUCCCCAAGAGAAAUUAUUCUUCAAAUUAUCUACCAAAAUACCCUGUAAUUAAAUACGCAAGAGAAGAUGGAAGGAAAAAAAGCACUCAAAACAACAAGCUAUAAGGAAAGCUGAUGUAUUGGCAGCUGACUUUUUUUACUAAGGAAAAUGUAAAGGCUGUAACAUAGCCCUGGUAAGAUUGUGCAAGAGCAUCAGCUUAGCAACAAGGCUAAUUUUAGGAUGCAUGUCAUCCUCAGUGUUUAACAUGAGGAUAAAAGAAGGCAUGUUUUUUAUCAAUGAUUUAAACUAAGAAUGAAAACGGUUCCCAUUUCCCUAGGGAAGGAAAUGAGAGCAGAAGUCCUCUGGUUCAUUUGGCAGAACUCUUGCUAAUUAAGCCCCAGUUAUAAAAUGACCAAUAGGAGUAUUUUAUAAAUAUUGUGACUUGUUUGAAAUGUGAAGUUAAAACCAAAGCUGGAAAUGUUUUUAGUUGUGAUUGUUUUAUUUGAAAUGUUUUAUCAAUCGUGAAAUAAAACUGAUAAUCAAU